UGGCGUUUAUUGACGUCAAUGGGAAAAUGGCGUCCAAUGAUGAGGACUUGUGUACCAGCCACGCAGAUUUCGCCGUAAUAUGUUCCUUUAUCGAGAAAUUCGGAGAGAAGCUAGGGUUAACUCUUCCCAACAUAGGCGAGCUCCAAAGUUCACUAGAAGACACGGAUAACGUUAAUCCCAUCGUCUCACAAUGUGUGAGCCAGCUUCUAAGGCGUAUCAAUAAGUCCGUCAAGUUGGACCGCUGGGAGAGGGGUCUCCAGAGGUUUGCACAUUCCUACUCACAUCAAGAUGGUUGGGAAUUGGAACGUUUUGGCUUCAAGAAAGCCAAAUUGGAAGUUAAGAUUCGUGUUAUAAAGGCUCUCCUUGAGGCUCAGUUUGAUUUGUACAAAAGCUUCAAGGAUAAGGUUAAUGCACUUGGUGCAAAUGAACUUCGUCUACAACCAUGUGGACGAGACAAGAAGGGUGUUUCCUACUGGUGCCAACUGGAUGAGUGUGCCAACCUGCGGAUUUAUUCUGAUGACCAGGAUGAAGAGACCUGGACCCUUGUAGCCAGUACAAGGGAGGAAUUAGUGACUCUGAUUGCAGAACUGGAGUCAGAGUCUCCACCAGGAGCCAGUAGAGAAAUGUCUGUAGAGGGUAGUCAUAGUGGCACUGUUACACCCAUGGGGCUGAGCGAAGCCCCAACACCUGUGGACAGUAAAGCCCCCACCCCUGUUGCCAGUGGUCGAACUUCACCUGUUAUUGACACAGGUCAAGACAAAGAUAAUGAUAAAAAAGACAAAUUAGAAGAGCAAAAGCUGUUGGCAAAAGAAGAGUUGGAGGCCAUACAGAAAAUGGAAGUCAAAGAGGAGGUGACAAAUAUGGAGAUCGAAACUAGAACAGAGUGUAAGCCAGAAAAAGAGAAAGAGAUGCCAGAAGGGGCAGUAAAAGUAGCAGUUGAAGUAUCUCAGCCUGAAGUCUCUAAACACAAAGAUGAAACUGGAACCAGUGAAAAGGUAGCCAGUGGCAUCCCUGGCAAAUGUAGCAUUAUACCUGUACAAAACUCAGAGGAGGUAAAAGAGAAACAAAUUUUGAAAGAUAACUCUGAGAAAAAGGACAACAGAUCAGUAGAAAAUUCUGAUGAGCCAAUACAGAAACGAGUUAAGAAAGAUGACAUGAAGGCUCCAGAGGUCAAAGUAACGGAUGAAGGAAGAGGCACAUUAAAGGCUGAAGGCAGAGAAAGCAAAGAAGUUAAGCAGUUGGCAGAGGAAAAAGCAGGGGACAAAAGGGAAGUACAAAAACUAGGGAAAGUAGAUGAGGAAAAGGUUGUAAAGGAAGAAGUGAAUAAAGAAGAGACUACAGCAGCAAAAGAAAUAAAAGACACCAACGAAAACAAAGAAAAAUUAGAUAAUCAAGUACGUACAAAAAUCAGUGAAAAAGAAGCAGCUACAACAGAGACAGAAGAUAUGACUAGAAGACCAAAGGACACUCAUGAGAAAAUCAGUGAGGUCAAGGGUAAAUUAGAGAAAGUUGCCCCAGAGAACAAGGACAAAGAAGCAUCAGUCAGCCACGAAAAAGCAGAAGACAUAAAGGAUGGUAAUGAAUUGAAGAACAAAGAUAAAGAUGAACACAAAGAAACUCAAAAGAGCAAAGAUGAAUCCAAGGAAAAAGAGCCAAGAAGCAGCAUGCGGGAGGAGCACCAGGGUAAGGGUGUCGCAGCAGGAAGUGUGAAGGCAGAGGUCUUGCCGCCUCAGAAAGAACAACAGCAAGAACAGAAAAAGUCGUCCUCUACUGAAAAGACGGCAGAGACCACACAAAAGAUGGCAAAGAAGACAGAUUUAUCAACCACAGAAAGGAAGGGUGAUGCAAUAACCACACAAAAGAAAGCAGAUUCAUCAACCACAGAAAAGAAGGCAGAUACAGUGGUCACAGAAAAGAAGGCAGAUUCAGUGGCCACAGAAAAGAAGGCAGAAGUAAUGACAGAAAAGAAGGCAGAAGUAGUGACAACAGAAAAGACAGCAGAUGUAUCAACCACAGAAAAGCAGACAGGUGCAAUAACCACUCAAAAGAAAGUGGACUUACCAACCACGGAAAAAAAGGGUGAAGUAACAACCACAGAAAAGAAGGCAGAAGGAAUGACCAUAGAAAAGAAGGCAGAUUUAUUGACUACAGAAAAGAAGGUUGAAGUAGCAACCACAGAAAAGAAAGCAGGUGUAACACCCACAGCAAAGAAGGCAGAAAUAACCACCACAGAAAGAAAGACAGAAGUAAUGACCACAGACAGGAAAGCAGAUGUAGCACCAACAGAAAAGAAGAUGGAUGCAAUGGCCACAGAAAAGAAGCCUGAUGUAACAGCAACAGAAAAGAAAGCAGAUGCACUGACCACAGAAAAGAAAGUAGAUGUAGCACCCAUGGAGAAAAGGACAGAUGUACCAACCACAGAAAAGAAGGGAUCUUUAGCAACCACAGAAAAGAAAGGAUCUCUAACCAUCGAAAAGAAGGCAGAUGUGCCAUCUACAGAAAGGAAGGCAACCACUGAAAAGAAGGCAAAUGUACCAUCUACAGAAAAGAAGGCAGAUGUGCCAUCUACAGAAAAGAAGGCAGAUGUGCCAACCAUAGAAAGGAAGGCAACCACCGAAAAGAAGGCAGAUGUGCCAACUACAGAAAAGAAGGAAGUAGUAAGCACAGAAAAGAAGGCAGAUGUGCCAGCAGAAAAGAAGAAAGAAGUGCCAACCACAGAAAAGAAGGCAGAUCUACCAGCCACCGUAAAGAAGUUAGAUGUAACAACAACAGAAAAGAAACCGGAUGCACCAGCCACAGAAAAGAAGCCAGGUGCAACGACAACAGAGAAGAAGGCAGAUGUAUCAAUCACAGAAAAGAAGCCAGAUGUACCAGCCACAGAAAAGAAGCCAGAUAUGAUGACAACAGAGAAGAAGGCAGAUGUAUCAAUCACAGAAAAGAAGCCAGAUGUACCUGCCACAGAAAAGAAGCCAGAUGUAAUGACAACAGAGAAGAAGGCAGAUGUAUCAGUCACAGAUAAGAAGCCAGAUGUACCAACCACAGAAAAGAAGCUGGUUGUAAUGACAACAGAGAAGAAGGCAGAUGUAUCAGCCACAGAAAAGAAGCCAGAUGUAAUGACAUCAGAGAAGAAGGCAGAUGUACCAAUCACAGAAAAGAAGCCAGAUGUACCAGCCAUAGAAAAGAAGAUGGGUGCAUUGGUCACAGAAAAGAAGGCAGAAGCUACAGCAUCCAGUAAGAAGGAUGAAAGUGUCCCAGAACCCAUGGAUGUAGAUGAUACUACUAAGGCACUAUGCCAGGACAUUGCUGCUAAGAAGACCAUGCUUGUACGUGAAAGAGGGUCUUCACAAGAAGGCCCUGAAAACAAGGAGCGGCCUAAACUUGGAGUAAUCGAAAGAAUUGAAACCAAGAAGAAAGAAAGUGUUUGGGACAAGCUAAACAAGAUGAAGGAAAAGGGGGAGGCAAAAGUUGAAGACACAGGAGAAAAGAAGACAGACAGUUCUAGCUUACCUGUCAGCACAGAAAAACAGCCAAAAGAGAAACAAGAGAACACCAAUCCCAAAAGUGAAGCAUCAUCAAAGCCACCCACCAGUGUCCCCGUGUUCCAGCGUGCUUGGGAGGACAAAGCCACAGAUAAACCAGCUUCUGUGGCCCCAAAGCAGCAACAUGCCCCAAAGUUGAUGAGCAUUGAAUCCUUAGUUGGUCCUGUGAAACCACCUGGCUCUUCCCUUUCUCCUCACGUCCCAGCUGUCAUUCGAUCCUCCUCGGGAGGGUUACCAUCUCUUACAAAGGAUGACACUGUUGAACCACCACAGAAGAAGUUUAAAUUUUCUGAUAUGUCUUCUCUUGAAUCUCACUCUGAAUCUCAUGGAUCAGACUCCAAACCUACCCAGAAGAUCCCUCCUCCCGAUCCCCCACCUCUGCUCUCAUCACAGACUUCUAAGGAAGGAAAGAGUUACACUACACAAGAAAGUGAAAAGGUUGGUAAACCAGAGAGUCAGCCUGGUGAGAAGGUAGCACUUUCCAAAGAUGGUGAUGCAAAGACAUCAGUUCAGUCAAAAAGUCAUGGACAAGACGUACCACCCAAGGUAAGUUGCAAACCUGGGGAUGGUGAAAACAAAGAUGCUACCAAAAGUCAUUCUAGUGUUGAUAAGCUACAGGGAAGCACAGACAUAAAUAAAGGCAAAAGUGGAGAUGUUAGCACCACUAAAGAAACAUCAAAAAUAGACACCAGCAAUGUUUCAAAUACUAAUGAAGCCAAGGAGAAUGAAAGAAAAUCUUCUGUGAAGAAUUCUAGUGAAAAGUCUCCACAGGAUCCAAAAGAGGACUCUUCCAGCGCAACAAUUGAAGAACCAGUUAUGCUGAUUAAAGGUGAUGGAGAAGGGGCAAUGUGUGAGGCAGGGAAUGAGGCACUUUUAACACACGACACAUGUCCUUCGGGGACACGGCCUUGGUGGGAGCACUUUAGUGAAAAUAAUAGCACCACAAAAAAUUUAGUAGGUGAGGCAGUUGAGGAAGAGGUCAUGUAUUUCUGGGGGGAGGGCACAGGAGCUGAAUGUGAAGCUGGAAACAAUGGUGAUGAAACAGAAUCCAAUACAGAAACAAGCAAACAAGGGGAGGGUGCAGGGAGUGGGGGUGCCAUCACAAAUGACAGUCAGAGAAAUACUUCUACUGCUGAUCUUAAGCCUUCAAAAGAAAUGGAGGGUAUAAAGUCUGAUGGGGAAAUGAAAACAGUGGAUGGGGUGUGUGAAGGGGACGAGGCCAAAGUAAAUGGCCUCAGGACUGUGGAGUCAGUUGAGAAAACAAGUGAUAAAACUACAUUGCCAGAGGUGCGAUCAGAAGUGCUUGGUGAUAAUAAACAUGCCAGUGUUAAUGGGAAGAAGGUCAGUGAAGAAAAUAAUGUACGUGUUGAACAGCCUGAUGGACUGCCGGUGAAAUCAAGUGAAAGUUGUGAGAAAAAGCAGACACAGGAGGUAGAAAAGAAAGAAAGUACCGAGGAAAAUCCGAGUGACAAUGUAGAGCAGGACACUGAAAGGUGCAGUUCUAAUGUGGGUGAUGAUGCAAAAGCAGAAGGGGAGAAAGUUAAAUCAAAUUCAAACAAAAAGGAAAGUGGGAAGACCAAACAGAAAUCUGUAAAGAAGAAGGAGUUUGAAAAAACUGAAGAAGGAAUGGAAGAAGAGGAGGAGGUAGAUGAGGAAGAGGAGGUGGAUGAAGAGGAGGAAGUGGAGGGGGAAGAGGAGGAGGAGGGAGAGGAUGAAGAAGAGGAAGAUGAAGAGGAGGAGGAGUCAGGAGAGGAGGGGGAGGAAAGGAAGGAAAGAGGGACAAAGAGCAAAAGGAGACUUAAAGGAAGACAUGAGUCAUCUCAUGGAAAGAAACGAGGUCAACAUGAUUCUGCAGCUACUAAGAAGGGAACUAAAAAAAGGGGUCGGGGCCGUCCACACAAGAGAAGUAAAGUACAGCAGGAAAGUGAAGAUGAGGGGGAUGAUGAGGAAAAUGAUCUUGGUCUUGAAGAAAGUUAUGAGCAGCUAGAGGAGGGAGAGGAUUCAAGCCACACUGGACCCCCUGCAAAGAAGCGACGGCAGCGAGGCAAGGGCAGCACAGCAAGGCCGCUGCCUGAUGCUCCGAGGCAAAAGUCUGCCCGUAUUGCCAAGAUCCGGGAGAAAGAGGAGCAAGAGAGAAGAGAGCUGGAAGCAAUUCGCCUGAAGCAGUUGGCCGAGGAGAAUCGUUUGCGUGAGAUCAAGAAGAAGGCCCGAGAGGAGAGGAGGUCUUUGAGGGAGAUGAAGAAGGGCCGACGUGAGAAAAAAGAGAAGAAGGACAGGGAAAAGAAGAAACGAAAAAAGAAAAAGCGUGGAAAAAAGAAGAAAACUCCUAGUGACCCAUGGGCCCACUCUUCCACUUCCUCAAGCUCUAGUUCAGAGGAGGAAGAGGAAGAUCUGGAUGAUGAAGAGGAAGAAGAUGAGAAGCUGAUAUUCAAGAGCGACCAUGAAUUCUCCCCGGAGUCAGAUAUUGAGGAGGAUGCACAGCCCAUUAAGAGAGCACGAACAGCUAAGAAAUUAACUAGUGAGAGUGAGGUUGAAGAGGAAGGUGCUGAAGAAGAGGAGGAAGAUGAGGAUGAGACUCAGUGCACUAAAUGUGGCCAUGAUGACCAUCCUGAGACUAUCUUAUUGUGUGACAACUGUGAUGCUGGCUGGCACUUGUCUUGUCUGAGACCCCCCCUCCUCAGUGUACCAGAGGGAGACUGGAUCUGCCCAACUUGUGAACAUGUACAACUUGUGAACAAGCUACGAGCCCUACUGCAGGAAUUUGACGAGUGCCAGAAGAGAGCACAGAAUGAGGAGCUGCGGCGACAGAGGCUUGCAUAUGUCAAUGUUUCCCUUUCAAAUGUAAUAAGUGAUGGGAAGAAAAAGAAAAAGAAGCAUCGAGGUGAAGGAGAAGAAUUUGACGAUGAUGACGAUGAAGAGUCGGAUUCUGACUCUGACAGUGAUGGCUCUGAUAGUGACAGUGAUGACAGCAGUGAUUCCUCAAGUCAGUCAUCAUCAGACUCUACAGCUCCCUUGUACACCUUAAGAGCUCGCAGUUCACGCACUCUGAAAGAGCAGGUCGAAAACUUUGAUGAAAUGAUCAAUGAAGCAAUACGGGAUGAAAUGGAGGCUGCAGCUGGUGCAGGGAAUGCUGGUAGAGGUAAAGACAUUGAAAACAUCAUACAGGCUAAUGAGGAAGAGUUGGCAGAGCAAAAUGAAAAUCCUUUUGAAGAGGAGGAAGAACCUGAAGAAUUGAAUAAAAAUAAAGAAGACCUUACUCCUCAAGCAACAAGAGAAGAAUGUGAAGGGAAGAGGGAAAGAGAAGGGGAUGAGGAUGAGGAUGAAGAGGGGGUUAGUCCUAAGAGAAAGAAGCCCAAACCAACAGAGGAAGGCAGUGGUGAUGAUGCCAACUACAAAGUCAGUGAAGAGGAUCAAGGGGACUCUGAUUCAGAGGAAGAUAUUAAAAUAUCAAGAAGACAGCGGCAGCAGAUGUUGAACAUAUCAGUCAAGAAGAGGCGAAGGCUUACUGACUUAGAUGCUGAGGAUGACGAUGAUGCCAGUGAUGAAGAUUUUAUGAACUCCAGUGAAGAUGAAGAUGAUGAAACAGAGGAAUCCCUGGACUCUUCCUCCUCCAUCUCCACUGAACUGGAGAGUGACGACUCUGACGUGGUAGAUAUGAAACGUCGACGAAGCAGUCGCUAUGAGAAUUUACCAUUGAGACGAUCAGCACGUAACAGAAGAAGCCGCCCUGGAGAUGAAGACAGUGAUAAUGAGGAACGAAUUUAUAAAAAACAGAAGAACAAAAAGAAGAAAAAGCGAAGACACAGCUCAAGUGAAGAGGAAGAAGAAAGUUCAGACAGUGAUGGAAGUUUCCAAAAGAAGAAAAAAGUGAGACGAAGAAAGAAACCACCUUCAAAACUAAAAGGAAAAAAGGGCAUCAAAGGUAGAGGUGGAAAGAAAGUGUCUAAGGCCAAACCCAAGCCCAAGAAACAGACAGAUGGAGAUGGUGAAGAAAAUAAGAAGCCCUCUAAGCCAAGAAUUAAAUAUGCAAAACCUCCAAAAGCUAAGCCAGAGGAUGGUGAAGAGGAAGUGGCACAACGCAGGGUAACGCGUGGAAGACAAGUCAACUAUUACGAUGCUCUCAUGAUGUCUGAUGAAACAGAGGAGGAGGAGCCAAAGAAGAAGUGGAGAGGGAAAGUUAUGAAGGGUGAGCGAGUGCCAACUGAAAGCAGCGAGUAUGAAGCUUCUGAUGAUGAGAGGAUGAAGCGCCGAGGUGUUAGUGGAGGACUUGGACGAGGCAAAGUUAUGAAGGGUGAAGAAGAAGACGAAGACAAACAUGAUAAAGGCAAGAAAAAACGAGGACGCCCAAAGAAGGGGGAAGAGCUCCUUGGCAAACCUUCCAUUAUUAAAGUGGCUGCCUUAGAAACCACUAAACCCCCAAUAAUUAAUCCUGUACAGUCCCUCCCUGCUUCAACAACUGUAACAUUACUUCCUGCAAAGAUUAACACUGUUGCACCUGUAAUUCCUACUAAUACACAGACUGUAGUUACAACCGCCCCUGCUGUUCAGGUUACACCCAUACUGUCUGCAGCCAUAUCUUCUCCAGUCAGAGCAGUGCCCACACCACCUGCCCCAGCACACAUUGUUUCAGCUGAUUCACCCUCACAUAAUACUCCAGAGCCAGCCGCUGGCACCCCACCAACCACGCCAGCACCUGCAGCACCUACCAAAGGUCUGUCAAUUACUCCAGUAAGUAAUGUAGGAAACAGUAGCCCAAUCCAUCAACCAGUUGGCAAAUGGUCACCUCACCUGUCAGGAGUUGGAGGAACUCCUAGUACCCCUCCAAGGUCUGGAGGUGCCCCUGGGGCAGCCACUCCUCCUCGCCCUGGUCUCCCUGCUGCUCCUGUCACUGCUUCACCACCACCACCUUAUCGAUCAUCUCCACUUCCCAUGACUCAGGGUGGACCAGGUCUACCCCCAUGCAGCUCAGCCCCGAGCAAUAUUCCACCUAGUGGCCCUCCUCCUACCACAUCUACAUUAUCUCAAGUGUAUGCCCCUUACAGACCCCCACCAGAACAUUUCCCUGCCCACCCGGCCUUUCCUGGCUAUGCACCCCCUGGAAGGCACUCUCCAAGCCCCCACACACCCUCUCGUCACCCUGCCCAUCUCCCACCAGGACACACAUUACCCCGUAUGCCUCCAAAUUAUGGUCCCCCACCCCUUACAAGUGUACCUGGUCAAGGGCCAUAUCCCUCCAGAGGAAUUCCAUCACACCCAGGAGUUUUACGGGGCCCCCCUCAUGACUUGUACAGAGCAGCCCCAGGUAGCCUCCCGGGGCAUGGCUCCCCUAGCCACCCAGGACAUCCUCACCUCAUCAUGAAACCUGGUUACCCAGGGCUAGAACCACUCCCCUACGCAGGCUCUCCAGGGCCAAGUCCUCUCAGCUUGCACCAGAGCUCACAGGGCUCCCCUGCACAUCAUUCGCCCAGUGAAGACAGUAAAGAGGAAACGCAUCCUUCGGGCAAAGGUCCCGGGGAGUUCAGCAGUGGCCUCAUGUCCUACUUCUCAAGCCAACGUGAUGAUGACAUUGAGUGAUAAAAAGCAACAGUGGGUUGGACUGGGAAAAGUGGCAGUUCAAUGAACUUGUAUUUACUCCCUAAUAUUUUUGUAUUCUCAUUUUGUAAGGUCUUGACCAGAGCCGCAUGUUACAUGUUGACAUAGUAUGUAUGCAGCAAGUCAAAAUAGUGCAACAAUUGAUCUUUGAGGUCUCAUCUGUGGUAGAAAUGCGAAUUCUCUUGGGUUGAAGCACAAAUCAGUUACCUUACUGUCAAGAAUUUGAGACCAAUCACAUACCUGACAUAAAUUAUUAGGAAGCAGAGAUAUUUUAGAUAUGAUUUUUUUCUUAUAUGUUGUAGUGCUGUACAUAAGCUUUUUGUAUUUCCUUCUGAGGAUUCUGUAAAAUAAUGUGCAAAGUUACAAAGCUAUAAUAAAACUUAAAUAAAUGUA